AUGGAGACAGCAUCUCUGGAUGUUGCAAACCAGAAAAGACAUGCAAUUGGAGAUGAUUUGCAAGAGGAGGUCUAUCAAAAGAUCAAAGCAAUGAAAGAGAAGUACUUACCUGCAUUAAGUGAAACGCACCAAAAAAUUGCUGUUUUACUAGAGCAGGAAUCCCUGAAAAGAACAGAAAAAGAAGCUAGGAUUCGACAUAAGAAAGCUUUAGUCCAAUAUUCCGAGCUGCUUCACAAUUUGGAAAUAUCGAAGGUUAUGUUCGAUCACAUUGUAGACUUUCUUACUGUUUCUAAAAGUGAUAUAUUACCUAGUCACAAAGAGAAGUUGGACUCAUAUGAGAGGCAAAUAAUAAAGUUUUAUGAAGUAAUUAGGCCCAGGAAGUGGAUAUCAGAGUCAGAUGAUAAUCAGAUAAACCUUCAGUCGAAAUCAAUGAUGCCACAAGGUUGUGAGCCAAUAAUACCACAGAUUAAGCAGCAGGGGCAGCCAUUACAGCAACAAAUGCAGGAACAGCACGAUCAGCAACAGCAAUAUAUGCACCAUCUUGCUAAGAAGCAGCCACCUGCACAGAUAAAAACACAUGAACUGCCACAGCCGCAUCCAAUGAAUGACUCAAAUGACGUGAACAUGAGACAGGGAAUAGGUGUUAAUCCUGGGGUUAAUCUUCAACAAAUUCUCCCAACUAGCCAGCUUCCUAGUUAUUCACAUGAGCCAUUAAAAUCGGAUCCUCAAUUUCUUAUAUCUUCACCUCAGGCUCCAUAUGUCUCAUCUCCUUCAACCCUGUUGACUCCAUCUCCCGAACCUGGGAACUCUGGGAAACCCAUUUAUGGCAAUUCCUCUUUGUCAAAUAAUUGCAUAAAUAUUAGUCAGCAGGAAGCAACUAUUGAGCAAACAGGGUCUGAAUUCUCUACACUUGACAGUCCUGGUAACGAUAUGUUAGCAUUCCCUUUGCUUGCAGGGCUUACAAAUGCUAAUGACACUCAUGAUAGAUCCCAUGUUACUUGAAGCAUCGCAUGCAUCUUUUCUAACCUUGUUUGAUGACAACGACAAGGCAAGCCAUUGGUGAGGAUUUGGCCCCCAUGACAAAGCCUGGUCUGCAUGCAAGAAAUUUCUUUACAUAACUGGAGUUGAGAAAAUGGGAUGCUACAUGAGUGCCAUAUUAAAAGCAAUAAUGUUUGCACUUGUUAUGUCAACUACUUGAUAAAUUUCUCCAUGACCAGUUGCAAACAAUUUCUAAGCUUACACUUUGUUUCUUGUUUUUUUGGGUAAAGAAUGAGACACCCAUUGCUUAUGGCAUCCAUCUCU